AUGACUUGUGGAUGGAAUCCAAAACUUUUUGUUUUGAGCUAUUUUGACUUCAAAAUAUCUGGAAAAACGAAUUUAAGCUUACCAGAAACGAAAGACUCUAACACUGAAAAAAGUCAACCAACAUCUUCAGAUUGUCAGAUCUACCAGAAACUAGGUGAUUUUCACAGUGAAAUUGAUAAGAGUGCACUGGCACCAUCUCCACCUUCCCGUCCUCCACGACCAACUUGUAUAAACAAUCGGCCGAGUGUUUGUACUCCGAAUUCACCUAGACCUCCUGUGCCCCUGCCACAAGCACCUACAUCAACUUAUUCAGAAGAGCUAUACGAACUGGUUGAUGAUGGAAAUAAAAAGCCAAAUGUGAUUAAUAGAUUUAGUGCUUCAUUCAGAGUCAUUACUGAUAAGAAAAUAAACUCCUUAGUUUCUCAGUUCGGUAAUCAUCAAUCAACUCCUGGAUACGGUACAGAGAAAGUAUCGGACAGGGAAAAAGGACCGGCUGCUGAGAAAUGCAGUAACAAAGGAGAAUAUCAGGUAGAUGAAACCUUCAUUAAUUAUGCAAAUAAAUUUUGUGAUAAAUUGGAUGAACAAGAGUUAAAACGAAGUUUAACCAAUUCCAGCAACUAUUUACAACCAAAUUCAUCAAAAAUACAAUCCAAGAAUAGUUUUAAAGACUCCUGUUCAUUGUUCAAUUCAACAAGUAAUCUUUCAAUAAAAUCACAAUCUGGUAAAAAAUUCAAGCAGAUUAAAUGUCAUAUUAUUGAAUUAUUUGAAAAGAAAAAUUUACCUAAAAUUGGAAAGUAUAGCUGUGCACUACAUAUUAAUCCUGAUGAGACGGUGAAAAGUGUAGUGAAAGCGUCGAAAACAUGUAGUAGAUGGCCAGUUCGUCCUUUACCUUAUUUGGUAUUGGAUAGGAGUUGUUCACAGGAAUCUGACAAUAAAAUCACUCAAAAUAACUUUACUAUAAGUUAUGAUAAUAAUGAUCCUAACCAAUCUCACAGUCAUGACAGUGUUGAUAAUUUAUUUGAAUUCACAUGCCGUAAUCCAAACAGUUGGCUGUCAAAUCCAGUAACUUCAGAAAUGUUAAAAGAUUCAAUGGAUUUACGUGAAGCUGGUCUGUUGGAUAUUCGUGAAGGUGAAAAGUUGGAAGUGAUGUGUGUUUUUAUGGAGCCUAGACUGCUGGUGAGAAAUACAAUUGGUCAUUAUGGACUAAAAGCUGAUCAAUCACUUGGUUAUAAGAAGAUAUGA